AUGGAGGAGCUACUCCCUGAGACAGCAUUCGACUGGGGCGUGUUAUAUACUGACUGUCCUGGGCUUAAAGACGAGUCUGUUCUAUCUACGCCGGACGCCGGAAGCGCGACAUCUCGUACGGUGCAGGAUUUCGACAACAAGAUUAACACGCCAUUCACGCCUCUGUCCUCGUCCCCGUCCCUGCUUAAUGAGCCCACUCGAGAUAGCCUUCCCGGCGAAAAUCAGCGAUUAGACCCGGCUGCUCGAGAAGAAUUGAUCAGGUCUCAAGAAUUACAGACACAGGUCAAUUGCAAAAAUCGUGAGAUUCGCCAGCUCAAUGGUCAAUUGAAGGCAAAGGAAGGGGAAGUCAGAAAGCUCCGCAGCUUGCUGGGCAAUGACAAUGACCAGAAGAGCAAAAAGCAACAUGAGACCGAGGAGAUAAAAGAUCUAAAAUCUCGUCUUUCAUUUCUCCAGGAAGAGAUAAAGAUUCUGAAGAAAGAAGUCGAGAUCCUCGAAAAAGAAAGAGAUCAAAUACAAACACAGUUGGAAGAGUCACAAGCGAAAAGCUUCCGCUUGGAAGAGCAAUUGAUUGGUGCAUUGGGAGAGCAACAACGUCUCCUGAAUCAACUUCGUGAGAGCCGAAACGAAACACAUCAAGAACGCAGCAAAUAUCUCGAAAUGGAGAAACUCGUCGGAACAAAUCCUUCCACGAACCCCCCGCCGGCCCCUUCAACAGGAAAAACCAGCUCAAAGACAUCGAACAAAGGCAGAUCUGCUUCGCGUAAGAAGAAAAGUCGCCAAUCAACAUCGACCAGGGUUUCGCGACGAGGAAAAGAGCGAGAAAAAUGUGUCUUCGUCAAAAGUAAAUCUGAUGCUGAACAGCCAUUGUCAAACGUGAGGAAAUCUAUGUUUUGGAAUGUCGCGCUAGGUCCCUUUCAUGAAUAA